AUGUACGUACAUUCUGUCUUGAUCCUCCAACAAAGGACAGAUCAUCUGGUCGCUCCUGCUUUUGCGUCCGUCUACGACAAUUCACACGAUCCGAGAGGACCGAAGAAAACUAUUGUCGAGGCAGCGGUAGACGCGCAAUUUGAGUCCUGUCCGGAUUCUGCCAGCAACAGCCUCCCUGUACCGGUCAGACGUCAGCCCAGGCCAGCAACUCGGCCCAGGCACAGUCUACCAACCCUGGACUGGGCUUCAACCCUUUGUCCUGUCGCCAACAUCGCCAGCCUACAUGGGGACUUUGGACUCGGGCUCCUCUUCAAGCCCCGCGACAUGUACGGCAUCAGUUUAACUGAUACGCCCGCAACAACUGGCCAUAACGACACACAACAUGUGGGGGUUGGGGGGAGGAAGGGGUGA